CGUUGCGCCGUGCGAGCCUCCGGAGAGAAACUACAUUACCCAGAAAGCCGUGUCCUGCCGUGCGUCAGUUGCCAUCGCGGUUGUAUCUCCAACAUGGCGUCGCUGGGAAGGAGGCGCGGUGUCCCAGUAAGCAGGGAGAGGGGAGCCAUGGCGGCGACAGACUGCUACAUUGUCCACGAGAUCUACAACGGGGAGAACGCGCAGGAGCAGUUUGAGUACGAGCUGGAGCAGGCGCUGGAGGCCCAGUACAAGUACAUCGUCAUCGAGCCCACGCGCAUCGGAGACGAGACGGCCCGCUGGGUCACGGUGGGCAACUGCCUGCACAAGACGGCCGUGUUGUCGGGCGCCGCUUGCCUCCUGACGCCGCUCUCGCUGCCCCCGGAGUACUCGUGCUACGUGGCGCUGUCCGCCGGCGCCCUGAGCGUGGCCUGCUCCGCCCUGUACGGCAUCUCCUGGCAGUUUGACCCCUGCUGCAAGUACCAGGUGGAAUACGACAGCCAAAAACUCUCGCGGCUGCCCCUUCACACGCUGACCUCGUCCACGCCCGUGGUCUUGGUCCGCAGGGACGACGUCCACAGAAAGAGACUUCACAACACGAUAGCGCUGGCCGCGCUGGCGUACUGCGCCAAGAAGAUCUACGAACUCUACGCCGUAUGAAGACCUUUGAAAAACCUUUCCAGGAAAGGUCCCCAUCAGGGUGGGCGCGCCUACUUUGAUCAAACUAGAAGGAAUUGUUUUGUUCAAUGUUUCCUGAACCACAGCACACAUGAUCCCUUGCCUCCGACACACGUCUAGUAACUCACAUUAAACUUUAGCAGAUAUCAAA